AUGAAUGAUACAUUUACUUCUGCAAGUAAAGAACAGGAUAUUUUUAAGUUAUUGAAUACAAAAUUAGGAGACUUCUCUGAAUUAUGGAGUUCACGUCAAACAGCGGCAUUCCUUGAUAAACAAUACAUUGAGUACUUAUCAGUAAAUUAUAGGUCUUUGUGUACACAAAUAAAACUUAAAGUUUUAUUAUCACUACCUCAAUUAAUUGAAAGAUAUCCUGAUAUCGACAAAGAAUUGUAUAUAAAAAUAAUUGAAUCAGCAAAAGAUGAUGAUGAUGAGUGGAUUGAAUUACUAGGACAAAUCAAUUGUUUUGAAAGUCUUAAUAAAAUAUUUGAUGAUAAGGACAAUAUUUAUCGGUUAAGUUUAAUGCCACCAAGUGUCUGUCUUAUGACUAAAAAUGCUGUUAAAAAUAUUUACCAUUUAAAUAAUCCUGUACCUGUAAGUCAUUUUAAACUUAAGAAACAACCAAACUCCGCAAAAUUAAAAAUUGAAAUUCAAAAAAUGACUUCAUUAAAUAAAGGUUCCAUAAAUUUAAGUACAGUAAAAUUACAAUCAUUACCUAUACAAUCACGUUCCAUGAUACGCCUACCGAACACCACGAUGCCAAUGACAAAAAUACCUAAAGAAGAUUUGGCUAAAAAAUGUGGAGGAUUUUCAAAAGAGACAAAGAAAUUAAAUAGGCCACCAUUAAAAAGAGGAAGAACAAUUCAAAUUGUUGAUGUAAAUGAAACACAAAUGGGUGAAAUGAUGGCUAAAAAAUUACAACGUAAAGCAGAGUUAGAACAAAAACGUAAAGAAAAAUUUGAGAAAAGACAAACAAAACAACAAUCAUCAGUGGAAGAAUCCACUAAUAUUUAA